AUGUCAUCCAUAGCCUCUGAUCCAGACAAAGAGAUAGAUGCGCGCUCCAUCUCUGCGCUCGCAUCAACCCGGCGUAAUCUACGAUACCUAUACGACCCCAAAACCGCCCCCAACGUCGUUUCUUCGCGGCGCACACGCGCACUCCUACGGGUCCUACGAUCAAGCAUAAUUUUUGUUUUCUGGCGAAUAGUCCGAUAUGCCAAGUACGUUGCGAUUGGGUCUCUAGUGGCAACGGUGGGCGCAGGGGCUUUUGGCACGUUUGUUAGUGGUGCGGGGUUUGUGCUUGCGCCUACGGGGAUUGCGGGCACAAUUUUUGCUGCAACAGUAUGGGGAGUGGGUCGGUAUGCAGUUGGGAAGGUAAAAAAGAGGUGGGGGGUGGGCAGGGGUUAUGAGGAUGAGGAGGAGGAAGAGGAGUUGCGGGAGAUGAGGAGGAAAAGAACGGAUGCGAGGAUGGAAUAUGGCGCAGAGGCUAUGCCUUGGUAA